CUCCUCUCUCAACUCACUCAUUAACUUGGAAGGCUAGAGUUCUUUCCUCCUGAAUCCCGGCUCACUCUCUUACCACCGACCCGACCCGCAUAUCCUUUCCUCCUCACUCUCACUCGCAACACUGCCCGCGCAACCGAUUCUUCCCCUCCAUAUUCAUCCUCCAAAAUGCAGCUCAAAUCUCUCCUAGUCGCUCUGGCCCUCAGCCUCUCCGUCCAGGCCUAUGAAAUCAAGGGUUGGACCAAGAAGGACUGCUCGGGCGAUGCCGAUUCCAACCCCGCCAGUGGAGAGGUGCCCGUAGACUGCAAAGACUUCGACAGCUCCAAAUGGAAGUCUGUCAAGGGUACGCCGGGCGACCUGGUCUUGACUGCCUACAAGGAGAAGAAGUGUGCGGGUGAGGGAUACGCCCUGCAGCCCGGCAAGUGCGUCAACGGCGAGUUCGCUUCCUACGAGGUGCAAUUCAUCUCCACCAUGAAGAAGCGCAACGCCACCGAGUCCGCCGUCGACGGAACCACCACCGAGUCCGAGGAGGCAGAGAACAACGACGAGCCCGACACCUCCCUGUAAGAAGGGCCGGGCCACACUCGGAAGUUGAAGUAGAUGUCGCGCGUUAGUUCAGUAAUUCGACUUUGGGAUACCACUUUUUCUUGCGGGGUACUUUGCAUCGCGCCCACGGGGUGUCAACGGUCUUUCCCGACCUGGGCGGCAACGAUACGUCACUUACAUUGUUGUUUGGGUGAGGCGCCUCUGGGGUUCUUUAAUGUUUGUUGUGAUUGCUUUCAGCAUUUAUCUGUAUAGUUGCAUCUUUGGACAGGAACAAUAGAUUGUCGGUUUUUCAUGCUUC